AUGCCUUCAAAAAGUGUACAGCGGGGCUUAUAUUUAGGAGAUGUGACAGCCCUCUGCACGCUGGAGCAUUCGUCAACGCCAACGCAGCCUCGGAACACCUCAACUUGUGGUGAAAAUGAUUUUCAGGAAAAAGAUAGACGCGGCCAUACCCUUCUCGCGGGUAUUGGGGGUUCCGUGCGCUGGUACGAUCCUUUCAGAAGCGGGCAAGAGGCCAUUUUGCUGGUUUCUUCGGUCUUUGACUCUGGGAGGAUUCACGGCAUCGUCCCGGCCCCUCCCUUUGAUAAGUCGUAUCCUGUCACACACUUCCACAUAGGUAAUAAAGUCUCGCGCCCUUCUUUCAUAAGAGCGCUGGUGAUCUGGGGGGAAAGACGCGUGAUCCUUGCUGCAAUCCAAUGUGACGACUUAAAUUUCGUCAAAGCCCGGCUUGUGCGCAGUGUGGCUGUCCUGCCUCUUCUUGCUCACUGGGUCCAUGACGUAAUCCCACUUUCGCACGACACUGUAAAUUAUGGGCAACCGACUGUUGCUGUCGGCCUGGCCGAUAAUUCAGUUGAACAAUGGAAUAUGCCGACGCGAGCAACAGUCAAAGUCGGCGUGACUAUCGAGCCAACUUGCAUUCGCCGCAUUGAGUGUGCAAUGCGCUCAGUACUUUACUCGCUUGCACUGUACGGCUCCUCGAUGGAUGAUUUGAAGGUUGCAGGUGGCACAAUUUUCAACGAAAUCCAGUUAUGGGCACCAAGCGACGCCAGAAAUAUCGGGAUGCAUGUUGAGCGUGCUUGCUUGGCAAGAGAACGACCAAAACCUUGGGCUGCUUUGAGCGGACAUGAGGGAAGUAUAUUGAGAGUACGCUGGGCGUCCGAUGGCGGCCAUGUUUUCUCCACAUCUGAUGAUCGCACAGCUCGCAUAUGGCGCGUUCCAUCUCGGCAUAAAAGAGACUUAGAUUCGAACGGAACUACGCCUGGAAUCAAUAAAAAGUCGGGGGGGGUAGUCACGCUGUAUGGACACUCAUCGCGCGUUUGGGAUUUGCACGUGACGUCUUUGUCAAAAAAAACUCUGGUGGUCACAGCAGGAGAGGACUGUACCGUCAGGUUGUGGAAUGCACCGUCAUUUUCAUCUCUUGGCAAGAUCUGCAAAGGCAAAGGUGAUGAUUUGGAUCUUGUCGAUGAUCUGUUUGUCGACGAGCCUUUGGCUAUCCUCCGUGGACACAGGGGUCGUGGCGUGUGGCGUGCAAUGACAAUGCUCUCGCCAUCGGGAGAGAAGUUAUUGGUCACAGCAGGGGCUGAUGCUUCAAUCAAGUUAUGGGACAUCCAGCAGUAUAUCCGCUCCAGACCAGAGAGAAAUGAGCAGAUUAGAGAAGCGUAUAUAGCUCAUCAACAAGACGACGAAUCUGUCAAUGUGCUCCCCGCCACAUUGCGUGCUCGCGCAUUGCCCGACCAAAAUGCAGAUUCAGAAUCUGAUCUGCACGCUGGACGUAAAUGCUGGGCAGAUGUAAGCAACUAUGAAAUAAAUCAUUACACCAGCACCCUGAAGGAUCAUUUGGGCAAUAGUAAAGGUGAAUAUAUCCGUGUCAUCUGCUUGUCUGACCAUCUGACAUUGUACGUUGCAACUAACCGUGGUCGCUUGUAUAUGGUUAAUGUGACAAAAGCUGCAAAAAAUGUGUGGCAUUGGCGAGAAAUACAUCGUGUUAAUCAUCGUGGACCUGUAAUAGGUCUUAUCCGCGUCACGUACUUUGGGGAUAUCAGUGCUCCUGGCUUGAAUGAACACGAUCUAGUGCUCGGAGACAUGCAUGGUAUGAUUUCAACUAUGAAGAUUAGCUGGAAUAAUGAUGAUAAUGAUGAUAAAUUGGUCAGUCACAAAUCGUCAGGAUUCGCGACUCAAAUCCAACAAUCAUGGCAAGCCUGCGAGCCUAGACGCCUCUUAGAUGUCUUUUCUGGCACUGAUAACACGAGCGAGAUGACAGAACACCUGUUCACAUCUGAGGUCGGAGGAAUCGUAAAGUGUUGGAAGCGCAUGUCCACUGCUUCGUUCACCGGCGCUGAGUGUCAGGCAACGUGGUCGAUGCUUGGAAUUGCUCAAAUGCCAUUUAAGCAGCGCGUUUUGGCAUUGAGUUAUCAUUGUGAUAAACGGCUGCUGCUUUGUGGUGACCAAUCCGGUAACGUCGCCGUCUUCGACGUCAAUGUGCUGAGUGGAUAUCCACAUUUUCAUCAUGGAACGAUUAAAUCGCCGUUCGGCCUCUUGGCGGUAUCACAACGAGCACAUGGCAAAAACGCGAUUACUCUUGUGGCAAUACGAAAUGUGAGGAACAAUCAACGUAAUUUUUUUAGCAAUUCAGAACAUCAAAUACCAGUGGAAUUUCUCACUGCUGGGCGCGAUGGUUGGCUCCGCACAUUCACCCUACGUCCCAUUUCCGAGCUUGUUCAAAGCCAUGAUGAUCAGACAAAUAUUUAUGAUGAGCAGCCAAUGUUAUCUAUGCCUAUGACGAAACGAUGGCAUGCAAAAUCACGAAAGCAAUUAAUUAGUGACACGCAUUCAUCUCUUUGUUUGGCCAUGGGAGCGCCCAAUUCAAAUGUUAACUCACCCGCUCCUCUUGCACCAUAUUAUUUCAUAUGUGUCACAAAACAGCGGGUUCCGGAAAUCUCAACGAUGCAUGCUCUCAGAUGGGGCAAGGACCAUUGGUUACAGAAAGCCAAAAGAUGGCCUGUAGGGAAUGCAAAAACAGAUUCAUUAUGCAUCGUGGCAGGCUUCAAAGAGACAGAAUUCGUCGCCAUCAACAUGUUUUCACACCGCGAGCUUCUCCGAGUGCAAUGCGGGGGCUGGCAUCGGCCACUCUCCUUGCUCAUCGACGGUGAUAAUCUUGCAGAAAUAUCUUUUGCUUUUGUAAAAGGCGAUGAACUAAGUUUAUUUCAUAGUCUUCCAAGGACUUUCGGCAUCAAACCCACUGAUGGUGAAUGGAGUCUCUGCGAGUUGAAUGGUUGGUCACAUGGGCGUGAAAUUCAUGCAGUUCGCAUUCUUCCUCCUCCAGAUGUUUGCAGUGAACAUUUUGGAUUGUUGACGGGCUCUGAAGAUGGCUCAAUUAUAUGCCAUCAUCACACGAGGACUUCGUCUGGCCAAAUGAUGCAUCGAGAAGAAGAAAUUGGCAUGCAUAUUGGAGGCAGCGCGGUACGGGCGAUUGCUUUGUUCCCUGAAUUUCCCGGAGGCGGGCUCGUCGAUAUCGUGCACAACACACGCUCGUACAUCCUUCUCUCAGCCGGCGCAAAAGAGGUUAUCAUGGCUUGGCGUAUUGUGUGGAUUAGAGCUGAUGAAUGUGAACUGCAUUUCAGUGAAGCUGCACAAUAUGAUACGUGGGACAUUCGCACAACACUCUUGGGAGCGAGAGAGCAAACAAAGGAGUCAAAGACGUCGAAUCAACGAUGCAUGGCUGUAGUCGGCUUUGUGCCAUUACAAUGUAGAUCGCACCAUUGUGCUCUGCAUUCUGUAGGGCUCUCGGCGACUUCGGAUGGAUCUUUGAAAGUUUUGGCUCUUCACAGCGAUGGGAGUUGUGGAAAUUUUGGUGUACAUUUCAAGUUGGUGACUACAAUGCAUCAUUCUUCUCAUGCUCUGAUAUCACUUGCGGUGGUCGCGAUGACCCUCAAUGGCGCUGCCACAUUCGCAAUGGAUGUUGUCGUUCUUGCGUGCACUGGUGCCACGGAUGGCACGAUAGCCAUUUGGGACUUGACUUCAAUUAUUCAUUCUCUUUCGACACAACCCUCUCGUAGCGGAAAUGAGCUGAAAAACUUUCACAAUACAGGCAAACCUGUGGUGUCCCUACCCUGUUUUCAUCAAUCGGGUGUUAAUAGUCUCGCCAUGACUACAUCGACAAACGGGACUCCUGGACGAGUCUUCAUCGCAAGUGGUGGUGAUGAUCAAGUGAUACGGGUGACGCUUAUCCUCAUAAACCAACGGAACACAUUGGAAAAAAACAAUUCAAAUUUCAUUUCAGUUGACGUGCUUCAAACGGUCCACACUGAUUUUGCGCACGGUUCAUCUAUUAAAGGAGUUUGGAUGGACAACAGUGGAACGUUGGCCACAACAUCUCACGACCAGCGUCUACGAGUAUGGAAAGUUAGAGAAGUAGCCAAUCAAGAUUUAGCAAUAGCGGCGGUGGCAGGAAGUUUCGUAGAAUGUCCAGAGCCUGAGACAUUAGAUGCAUGUUUUCUUGGCGGGAAUGUCAACAUUUUAUAUAUUGCAGUUGCUGGACGGGGCUUACAGAUGUUUUGUGUUGAUCAGGGGAGUCUGCGGUCGUAA